UGGAGCGACUCUCGGAGAGGACAGAAAGCUGUGCGCUCCGCUCCAGGACUCAGCGCCUCCUCUUCCUCUCUGCGGCUUUUUCACUUCACGCGCUCCGGUCCCGCAGAAGCUUUGACCCCCCCCCACCCUCACAGCCUUUCUAAGACUUCGCCACCCCGUCUCAAAGCUUGCUCCUGGAGUUUGUCGGGCAGGUGGGAUGAUGGUGAGCGGUCCUGCGCGGCUCUCGGAGCUGCUGUGGCUGCUUUUGGUGAACUGCUGCUGGCGCCUCGCCUCGGCCCAGGAGCUGCCCACCAACGGGGUGAACGGAUACAGCCUCCACCCGCCCUACUUUAACCUGGCGGAGGGCACGAAGAUCACCGCCACGGCGACCUGCGGGGAGGACGACACCGGCAGGAGCGUCCAGGACCUGUACUGCAAGCUGGUCGGGGGCCCGGUGUCCGGAGACCCGAGCCAGACCAUCCAGGGGCAGUACUGCGACAUCUGCAGCCAGGGCCACAGCGACCGCGCCCAUCCCAUCACCAACGCCAUCGACGGGACGGAGCGAUGGUGGCAGAGCCCGCCGCUGUCCCGCAGCACUGAGUUCAACGAGGUGAACGUCACGCUGGACCUCGGACAGCUCUUCCACGUGGCAUACGUGCUGAUCAAAUUCGCCAACUCUCCGCGGCCUGACCUCUGGGUUCUGGAGAGAUCCGUGGACUUCGGGCAGACCUACCAGCCGUGGCAGUACUUCGCCUCCUCCAAGAGAGACUGCAUCGAGCGUUUUGGACAGAGCACCAUUGAGAGGAUCAGCCACGAUGAUGACAUCGUCUGCACCAUCGAGUAUUCACGCAUCGUGCCGCUGGAGAAUGGAGAGAUCGUCGUGUCUUUGGUGAACGGCCGUCCCGGGGCGAUGAACUUUUCGUACUCGCCAGUACUGAGGGAGUUCACCAAGGCCACAAACAUCAGGCUCCGCUUCCUGAGAACCAACACGCUGCUGGGUCACCUGAUGGGCAAGGCGCUCCGCGACCCCACCGUCACCCGCAGGUAUUACUACAGCAUCAAAGACAUCAGUAUCGGAGGACGCUGUGUGUGCAACGGGCAUGCUGAGGCCUGCAACGCCAAAGACCCCAGCAACCCCUACAAGUUGCAGUGCGACUGUCAGCAUCACACCUGCGGCGUAUCUUGUGACCAGUGUUGCCCUGGAUACCACCAGUUGGCAUGGAAACCAGCCACGACCUACAGUGCCAACGAGUGUGAACCCUGCAACUGCCACCGUCACUCUUUCGACUGUUACUAUGACCCCGAGGUGGACGAGAGGAGAGCCAGCCUCGACAUCCAUGGACACUACAGAGGGGGCGGAGUCUGCCUCAACUGUCAGCAUCACACCACUGGAGUCAACUGUGAGCGCUGCGUCCCCACCUACUACAGGUCACCUGACCACGCCAUCGACUCGCCGCUGGCCUGCUCACCCUGUGACUGUGAUGUGGAGUUUACAGACGGUACCUGUGAGGAUCUGACCGGGCGAUGUUUCUGCAAACCGAACUACACCGGGGAGAACUGUGACUCGUGCGCCGCCGGCUUCACCGGCUUCCCCGAGUGUUACCCCAGCCCCACGCACCCCACCACCAUCAACGGGGAGGCCAGACCAGCAGGAGAGAUCAUCAACUGCGAGUGCAGCGCCGCAGGAACCGUGGAGAACUCGUGCAGGGCCGACCCUCGGACCGGGACCUGCAUCUGCAAACCGGGUUUCACCGGAGACCACUGCGACGCCUGCGCGCCGGGCUUCUACGGGCUCAGCUGUGAGGCCUGUCAGUGUGCAGGGCCUGGCUGCCUGGACGGGUCAUGUGACGAGGUCACCGGUCACGGUGUGUGUCGCGGCGGGUUCCUGGGUCCUCAGUGCGAUCGGUGUGCUCCGGGCUACUUCAGCUACCCGCUGUGCCAGCUGUGUGGAUGCAGCUCGCUCGGCUCUCUCCCCGAAGGCUGCGACGCCGCCGGGCGCUGUCUGUGCAGACCGGAGUUUCAGGGUCCUCGAUGUGAGCAGUGCAGAUCUGGAUUCCACUCCUACCCCGACUGUAAAGAGUGCACCUGUGAUCCUCGCACCUCUCUGGACUCCAGCUGCACCGCGUCAGGUCACUGCCACUGCCGGCCCAAUUACAGCGGAGCGUCAUGUGACCAGUGUGCUCCUGGUUACUACGGUUACCCCAGCUGUACACCCUGUCAGUGCUCUCCUGAAGGUUCACGUUACUCCAGCUGUGACCAGCUGACGGGACAUUGUGUGUGUCUGCCCAGCGUGGUGGGACUCAGGUGUGACAGCUGUGCACACGGUGCCUACGGCUUCCCCACAUGCCAAGCUGGAAGCUGCCAUCCUGCCGGCUCUGUUCAGACCACCGUAGCGCCUCCUCUGGGCCGCUGUGAGUGCCGUCUCCACGUGGGGGGCCUGGCCUGUGACACCUGCAAACCUCUGUACUGGAACCUGUCCCCGGACACACCUGAAGGCUGCUCCAACUGUGAGUGUAACGUGGCGGGGACGGUGAGCGCCGUGGCUGAGUGUGCUCAGGAGAGCGGUCAGUGCCACUGUAAGCCCAACGUCUGCAGCGGAACCUGCUCCACCUGCAAAGAUGGCUUCUUCAACCUGCAGGAGAGCGACUACUUUGGCUGCCGGGGGUGUCAGUGUGACAUCGGUGGCGCCGUGGGUCCUUCGUGCGGCGAGAGGAGCGGCCACUGUCGCUGCAGACCCAGCGUGGAGGGGCCAAAGUGUAACCUACCUCGUCCGGAUCACUACUUCCCUGACCUCCAUCACCUGAAGUUUGAGAUUGAGGAGGGAAGCAUGCUGGACGGCCGGCCGGUGAGAUUCGGCUACAACCCCCAAGAGUUCCCCAACUUCAGCUGGAGAGGUUAUGCUCAGAUGUCCCCAAUUCAGUCGAAGGUGUUGGUGUCGGUGUCGGUCGACUCUCCGGACGUCUUCUUUGUGGUGCUGCGUUAUGUUAACCGGCGAGGUUCGGAUGUUUGGGGCCGGAUGACGGUCGUGGAGGAUGGCCGGAGCCACCACUGCGGGAACUGCUCCGAACAGUCCAAGCCGAUCGUCUUCGCUCCCAGCGUGGAGCCGACCUUCGUCAACGUUCCCUUUGUGGAGCCCUUCGUGCUGAACCCGGGAACCUGGACCGUGGUGAUCGAGGCGGAGGGAGUCCUGCUGGAUUACCUGGUGCUGUUGCCCAGCGCCUACUACGAAGCUCCCAUCCUGCAGAUCAGAGUGAGCGAGCCCUGCACCUACAGCCCCGCCCCCGACGCCAGCCAGAACUGUCUGCUCUACAAGUACCUGUCUCUGGACUCCUUCCCCUCCAUCUCGGGCAACGAUGCCAGCUGCCGCAACGACAACCACCUGCCCCGCCCCUGCCCGACCGAGAAGGUUUCCCCGCGUCACCCCGACAUGGCCGUCUGCAGCGGUUUGGAUAUCAGCGUCGAGCUGCGAGGGCGCCUCUCGUCUCCGGGCGACUACGUCCUGGUCCUCGAGUAUUCCAGCGAAGAAGAGCUUCCUCAGACGCUGUCCGUCACUGUCAACGUGCCGGGAGCGAGAAUGCACCGACACAGAGUCACCUUGCUGCAGUGCAGAUACAGCUUCCUGUGUCGAGUCGUGGCCGUCGACGAGCGGAACAGAGUGGCGGUCUUCUCCCUCCCCUCAGACGCAGAGAUCCAGCUGACCGCUGACCGAGCCACCUUCUUCCUGCACAAAGUGUACCUGGUGCCCAGACAGCAGUUCAGCAUGGAGCACGUAGCCCCGCGCGUCCACUGCAUCGGCACGCACGGACACUUCUCACCUGACAGCUCCUCCUGCGUCCCCUCACGCUUCCUGACCCCGUCAGACUCUCUGUUCCUGAAGGAGGGCCAGAGCUCCUCCACCCUGCAGGAGCCCGCCUCCCCUGCUGCUGCGCCUCCUCUGAGAGAGGAGCCAGACUGGAUGGGAUUGGAGAGACCGCCGUUCGGAGCGGAAAACACCGACCACGUGCGGCUGGACUCGCUGCAGAAUGCAGUGAUGUACUCUGCCCGGGUCCAUGCCCUCGGCCGCUACGUUUUCAUCCUCCACUACCACCAGCCUCUGCACCCCACCUACCCCGUACAGGUCUUCAUUAACGGGGGGCGGAUCUGGCAGGGACACGUCAACGCCUCGUUCUGUCCUCACGCUUACGGCUGCCGUGACGUCCUGGUGUCGGAGAAUCAGAUCAUUCUGGAUGUGACGGACCACGAGCUACUCGUCACGGUGCAGAUACCUGGGGGGAAGACGCUGUGGCUGGAUUACCUGCUGGUUGUUCCUGAGUCGAGCUACAGCUCCAGCUACCUGAGCGAGGAGCCGCUGGACAAAUCCUACGACUUCAUCAGACUCUGCGGUCAAAACAGCUUUUACAUCAGUCCCUCCUCCUCGCCGUUCUGCCUCAGCUCGGCCAUAUCUCUGUCAGCCUUCGUCAACAACGGCGCGCUGCCCUGUGCCUGCCACGAAGUCGGAGCUGAGAGCGACACCUGCGAACGCUUUGGCGGUCAGUGUCGCUGCAGGCCCAACGUGAUUGGACGAGACUGCUCCACGUGUGCCACGGGUUACUGGGGAUUCCCCAACUGCAGACCCUGUAACUGCGGUUCGAGGUUGUGCGAGCCGGUGACGGGGGACUGCAUCUGCCCGCCGAGGACCGUCCUCCCAGAAUGCACCGAGUGCGAGCCUCAGACGUUUGGCUGCCACCCGCUGGUGGGCUGCGAGGUCUGCAACUGCUCUCACGCUGGCAUCAUCGCGCCCGAUGUGAGCUGCGACACGCUCAGUGGGCAGUGCAGAUGUCAGAACAACAUCGUCGGACGUCAGUGCGACCGCUGUGCCCCCGGUUUCUACGGUUACCCCAACUGCAGACCAUGUGACUGCAACGAGGCGGGGGCCGAGGAGGAAGUGUGUGACCCGUCCACAGGACAGUGUCUCUGCAAGGAGAACGUCCAGGGUCCUCGCUGUGAUCAGUGCAGAGAUGGUACGUUCCACUUGGACCCGACCAACCCAAAAGGAUGCACCAGCUGUUUCUGCUUCGGAGCCACCGGCCGCUGCCACAGCUCCAGCAUGAGGCGCACCGAGGUCAUGGACAUGGAGGGCUGGGUGCUGCUGGGAGCCGACAGGCAGGAAGUCCCCGUAAUCGUGUAUCCAGAUCAGGACCUGGUAGAGGCCGACAUCACCGACGUGCCCGAUGUUUAUCAGGAGCUGUACUGGCACGCUCCGAACACUUACCUGGGAGACAAGGUCUCCUCCUACGGAGGCUAUCUCAGGUACCGUCUGCACACGCAGACCAUGAGAGGAGACGUGCUGCCUCUGCCCGCCGAGGCCCCGAAACCCGACAUCAUCCUCAAGGGUAACCAGAUGACCCUGGUGUUCAUGGAGAGAGAAUACUCGUCCCCUGAGGAGCCUCACCUGGGCAUCGUCCACAUCGUUGAGGGAAGUUUCCGUCACUUUCGGACCGGUAACCCGGUGUCCCGAGAGGAGCUGAUGAUGGUUCUGGUCGGGCUGGAGUCUCUGCAGAUCCGAGCCCUGCACUCCCAGUCAGCCCAGUCCGUGUCGCUGCGUGGCGCCGUGCUAGAGGGUGCAGAGAGCCUGCCUGUUGGACGCCACGCCAACAAUGUGGAAAUCUGCAUGUGUCCCGCCAACUACCUGGGAGACUCAUGCCAGAGAUGUGCUCCGGGGUACUACAGAGACACCAUCGGCCUGUUCCUGGGGAAGUGUGUUCCCUGUAGCUGUAACGGACACUCGGACCAGUGUUUGGAUGGAUCUGGGAUCUGUGUGAACUGCCGGCACAACACGGCCGGCGACCACUGUGAGACGUGCCAGGGGGGGUUCCUAGGUAACAACAGCGUGGAUGGUCAGGCCGUGACGUGCUCCAGCUGCCCCUGCCCGCUGAGAGCUCCAUCCAACAAUUUUGCAGAGGGCUGCGUGCAGAGAGGUGACAGCAUGCAGUGUCGCUGUAUGCCCGGCUACGCCGGACCGAACUGCGAAAGGUGUGCCCCAGGUUUCUACGGCAACCCGGUGGUUCUGGGCAGCCGGUGUCAGACGUGCGAUUGCAGCGGGAACUCGGACCCCAACAUGCUGUUCACCGACUGCCACCCGCUGACGGGACACUGCCUCAGCUGCAUGCACAACACGGCCGGGCCGCGCUGCGAGAGCUGUGCCCCCGGUUACUACGGCGACGCCAUUAACGCCAAAAACUGCACCCAGUGUGACUGCUCUCCGUGUGGAACCGAGUCAUGUGACCCGCACAGCGGACAGUGCCGCUGCAAGCCCGGAGUCACCGGGCCGCUCUGCGAUCGCUGCGAGGAUGGCUCGUUUGGCUUCGACUCGUGCUCCGGCUGCCGUAAGUGUGACUGUGACGCCGCUGCGGCGCUCGUCCAGCCGUGUGACCCUCAGAGCGGUCAGUGCGCCUGCAGGCCUGGAGUGAGCGACUCGAGCUGCCGGCAGUGCGCUCCUGGAUUCUGGGACUACGGACCCAACGGCUGCAAGAAGUGUGACUGCAGAGGAGGACACUGCGACCCGCGCACAGGAGAGUGUCGCUGUCCCGACGGGAUGACGGGCCGACAGUGUGACGUCUGUUUGCAGAGGUACAGCGUCCCGACGGAGGACCUGCACGGCAUCCACUGCGAGCUGUGCGACAGCUGCGUCGUCGUGCUGCUGGAGGAUCUGGAGAGGCUCGACGACGACUUCUUGUCGGCGUCGGCUCGGCUGAGGAGCCUGAACGCCAGCUCCGUGGCCCGGGCUCAGCUGCAAAGCCUCGACAAGUCCAUGGAGGACGCCGCUCGGGCCAUUGAGGACUACAACAACACACUGCAAGACAGCCUGAGUCGCACCGACAUGCUGGAGGCAGAAAUCAGCACCAUCAGUGAGGACAUCGACGAGCUGCAGAACAAAACGUCGGCAAUGACCAGCCGGGUCGGCGAGCUACACAGUGGCACAAACAGAACGUACCGGCGGGCCGAGGAUGUGUUGUCCCUCCUCGGGAACGUGAGCGCCAAUAUAAACGAACUUCUGCUGAGGUCGAACAGUUCUUCGCUAAACGAGACGGAGGCAGAGGAGGAUGGCGAGGAGAGGGAGAGGAAGAUGAGGGAGGUGCAGGCCAUGCUGAGGGAGAUGAGGCACAGGAGCUGCACAGGUCAGAAGAAGAUGGCCGACAAAGAGAAGGCAGAGGCUGAGAAACUGUUGGAUCGGGUCAGCAGGCAGCUGGUGGACCGUCACGAGGAAAACGACAACCUAACUCGAUCCAUCAGUGACCGUCUCUCCCGCCUCCACGCUGACACGAUGGACCUCCGAGACGCCCUGAAUGAGGCCGUGAACAACACGGCGAGAGCUGCCGAGAUCAACAACGCCAACGAGAAAAGCCUGGACGACCACAACAGGAGGGUGGUGGACCUGCAGAUGAAGUCAACCGAGGUGAGAAAACAGCUGAACGUGUCUGCAGAUCACCUUCAUCAAGUCAACAACGACGUGUGGUCCAUGGUGCAGAACUCCAAAGAGGAGUACGAGCACCUUGCAGCUCAGUUGGAUGGCGCCCGGAUGCUGCUGGCCCAAAAGGUUCAGAAUUUGUCUCAGACUAACUCUAAAAUCCCGCUGGUGGAGAAGGCGGAGAAGCACGCUGAGCUACUCGGCGCCCUGGCCAUGAACCUGUCCAGUUUGAUCGCAGAAACAAAGAAGGACGGAUUCAUAGACGUAACGCAGUCGUACAACAAGAUCGUCGUCAGCAUCGAGCAGGCCGAGGAGGCCGCCAAGAUGGCCAGCGAGGCUACCAACAGCACAUUAGAGAGCGUGAAGGGCCAGAACCUCGGUCAGAAGGCGGAGUCUCUGAAGAACCACAGCAUGGAUCUGAAGGAUGAAGUGGAGAAGCUGAAUGAUGACCUGAACACCACUCUGAGGCCACGACUGGAAGAUGCUCAGCGCCGGCUCCAGGACGCCAAAACCAAACAGGUUCAACUGACCGAGGACCUGGAGGCGCUCCAGAGCAACCUCAACGCCACCAAAAACAUCAGUGCACAGGUCAACGAAGCCAAGCAAACAGCGGCUAAGGCAAACAGGACGGCCACCGGCAUCAACGACACCCUGCGUCCUAUCAAAGAGAAGCUGGAUGAAUGGCAGCACACUUACGGAGACGCCAACGCCACGAGCGAGGACAUCAACACCGCCCUGAUGGACGCCAACAACACCGUGCACAGGCUGGGUGAAGCUAUUCCUGAACUCUUGAAGAGGCUGGGCGACCUGCAGAAUUACUCUGUUCAGAUGCCAAACAUCUCCGAGAACAUCAAUCGCAUCCGACAGCUCAUAGAGCAGGCGCGCAAUACUGCCAACAAGGUGAGCGUAUCCAUGAAGUUCAAUGGGAGAUCAGGCGUUCAGGUGCGUACGCCGCCUAACCUGGCUGACCUGGCUGCUUACACAUCCAUGAAGCUCCACAUCAAGCUGCCGGACGCAGUGCGGACGCGGCGACAGGAUCCUUCCAACAGUCAGUUUGUGUUUUACCUCGGCAACAAAAACCCGGGUCAGGAGUUCCUGGGCAUGGCGUUGGUGGGGAAACGGCUGCACUGGUACUUUAACGUUGGAGGAGAAACUGCAGUUGUGAAGAUGAAAAACGACAUCCAGUCCAAAGGAAGAUUCAGCACCGUCUCCCUGGAGAGGAUGCUGCAGCACGGUCUGAUGUCCGUAUCUGUGGACACCUCAACCAGCAAAUACUCUGAGAAGGCUGAAGGAGAUCAGGGGCUCCUCAAACUCUCGGCCAAUGACACCGUCUUCUAUGUGGGAGGAUAUCCGAAUACUUUCACACCACCUGAAGUGCUCGCCCUGCCCAACUUUAAGGGCUGCAUUGAGCUGGACUAUCUGAACGAGGAGGUGAUCAGUCUCUACAGCUUUGUGGACGUCUUCAAUCUCAACACCACGGUGGACAUACCGUGUGCCAGGACAAGAGCCACCUCUGAGCCCUAUGUCAGUGAUGGAGCGUACUUUGAUGGGACCGGCUAUGCAAAGUUUAAUUUUUCUCAGUCAGGAAAAGGUUACUUCGUGCAACAGGAAAUCAAACUGCAGUCGCAGAACGGGAUCCUGCUGAUGAUGCAGAAUGAGCAAAAUCAGUUUGUGUGUGUGGCGGUGCUUCGUGGCCAGGUCAAGCUCUUCUAUAAUAUUAACGGUUCUCUGGUGGACGUCGAGCCCGUGGCUCCGCCUGAGCUCUUGCAGAUGAGCAACGGCGAGCCCAACAGUCUGUUUCUCAUCAUCUGGAAUGAACUACUUAUGGUGAAGAACAACCAAAACGAUGCCAUCAGGACUAACAUAAAAGGCAUCCCUCAAUUUGACAACAGCUGUUACCUGGGUGGAGUGCCAGAGGACAAGAUGCCGGAGAUGUUAAAGGACAAGUUUUCUAAGACGGGCUCUGUGAAGGCCUGUAUCAGGAACGUGAAGGAAAAACAACAGUAUAUCAGCCUGAAGAAUGUGGAGACCUAUGGGGUCAGCUUUGGCUGCCAUGACAAACUGCUGUUGGCUCGUGAGGGUUAUUUCCCAGGUCAGAGCUACCUGAACUUUAAUGUGAUGGAUGCUUCUAGUAUCAUGAACAACUUCUUUGCCGGCCUUGGCUUCAGAACUGAGACGACCGAUGGACUCAUGUUCUUCCACAAAAACCAGGAGGACGUCUGUCAGGUGUUUUUGCAGAAAGGCCACAUCGUGGUGCAAGCUGGCAACAAGGCGAUUAAAACGCAGAAGACGUACAACGAUGACAUCAGUCAUUAUGUCACCAUAUACAACAAUGUGACCGGGAUACGUCUGUACGUGGAUGACGUGCUGGAGACAUCGACUCAGACCACAGUGAACCCAACAAUGAAAACUGUCUUGUCCACAAUGGGAAACACCUUCCUGGGAGGAAUGCCCGAAGGCCCGAACAACCUGGUUGGAUGCAUUACUAAUGUUUUCAUCGAGAGGGAAACGCAGGAGGUUCUGGACCUGCUGAAAGCCACCAACAAUGUAGAUGUUUCUAUGAAGUGUCCUGCUGCUAAACAGCCUCAGCAGAUCAUUGCUGCUCAACCAAAACAGAACAGCAAGCGCAAGGGGAAGCUGAAGAAGCCGUCAGGAUCUCGCAGUCGUAACACUAGGGACUCGUGUCAGGGUGAGGUGUCACACCACGAGAGGGGAGCGACGCACUUCAGUGGCUCCACCCACAGCUUCCAGAGAUACGACAUCCUGCCCAGUUCGUUCGGCUCCACGCCUCACAUCUCCAUGCUGUUGAGGAUCAACUCAUCUGACGGGCUGGUGCUGAGCGCCACCAGCAGGCAGCGAGGAGGAGGCGUGAUGACGCUCACAGUCUCAAACGGCCACCUGCUGCUUCAGUUUGGGAAGAAGUUUAACCUACGCAGCUACAGGAAGUACAACGACGACCAGUGGCACACGGUGUUCAUAAAGCUUGAAGGGCAGAAGAUGAGUCUGAUUGUGGACGGUAUCAGUGUUCAGUCCAACAGGAUAUCUGGACGAGACCGGACUCGUCUCACCGCACCGUUAUACGCAGGAGGAGUCCCUGCCUCUGUGGCGGGUCAGGGUUCUUCCGGGUUUGUGGGGUGCAUCCGGGAUCUGAUGCUGAACGGAGCCCCUGCAGGAGACCCCGCUCACAGCCAGGGGACAGUGCCCUGCUUCGCGACCCCUCUGCAGCCCGGAGCCUACUUUUCUGGAUGGGGAGGACACAUCAUGAUCGAUGAGUCCUUGGCUCUGAGUCGGGAUCUGGAGAUCCAGCUCGAAGUUCGACCCAUCGUGGACUCUGGGCUGCUGUUGCAUGCUGGGACAUCGUCUGACCACCACCUGAGCUUAUUUCUCAUCCAAGGAAAGGUGACCGUUUCGGUGAACGGCGGGAAAGGUGAGACCUCUGCAUCGUUCAUUCCCGAAGAGCCGCUGUGCGACGGCCGCUGGCACUCCAUCUCAGUGGUGAAGAAAAACAACGUCCUGCAGCUGCACGUGGACGGAGCCAGCGAGCGCGCUGUCGGCCCCAAAAAGGGCCGCUCCACGGGGCCCAAGGAGGCGGUCUACCUCGGAGGCGUGCCAGGUGGCAUCACUGUACCCGGUCUACCCCCUGGGCUGGCGUCCUUCCACGGCUGCGUCCGCCGGGCGAGCAUCAACAACAGAGCGGCGCCGCUGUCAAAGCCGCUCGCUGUGCACGGCGCCGUGGGAACGCGCGGCUGCCCACAUGUUUAACCCCACCCCCUCAUAUCUUACCUUCACACUCCCUGAGUACACAUCAGCACCGGUGGUGGGCGUCACAUUACUGUAGCUAAGUUAAGACAUCUAUACGAGUAUUUAUUUUUUAAGAAAUGUGUAUUUUAUAUUUUCCCCCGUUUGUUUGGUGCUGCAGAGACGGAACGACGAUGUCAUCGAGCGGCACGGUAAAGCCAAGUUCGACCAUCUUUGCAUGUUUCUUCUAAAUCAUCCAGCAAACCGUCGCGUAAUCGUGCGUCUGCUGCAGACACCGACUCUAAACGCUGAUCAGUGAGCACAGACUGUACGUGGAAGAUGGACGCAGCCGCUUCCUCUGCGACUCGGAGGCGUCGGUAAUCUCAACGGUGAUCCUUUGAUUCAGUCGGACCUGAGACCAAACACCAAUCGCUGCACUCAGAUCAGCUCGGCAGAGGCUCGUAGACUUCUGUCCAAUCAGAGUCCCCGCCCGCUCAGUCCAUCUUUGAUAUACAGUCUGAACACGAGCAACAUCCUCAGGUAGAGCAGACAAAAAACAAAGCCUGCAAAUCUGGGGAAUGUCUGAUUUCGUGACCUUUGACCUCACAUAGUAAAACUUUUGUUUGACAUGUGAACGUUACGUCCUCGCCGGUCUGCAGGCGCCGUUUCCAUCUGAAACACGAAGCCUUCUAGCUUCUCUGAUCCCCCGUCCCUGUCUGUCACAUGUUUAAAUAAAGUUUUUCCGUACCAACAG